CCGUCUUCUUCAACUCAGGUCCCGCUCGCUCUCGCCGCGCAGGGCUGUGCUGCACUGCGUGCUGUAUAUUCUUUUUUCAUUUCCUUUCACUUUUCCCAUACACCCAUUUUGUGGCAACGAUUAAAUUCAAAUCAGUCUUUACCGACAGACCCAGUUUGCUUACUACAUUCGAGUAUCAUAAAUAUCAUAAGAGACGGAUAGGGCAGGCAAAAUGGCAGCAUCCUACUACCGCACUCCGGCCGAGCAACAUCUUCUCUCUCCAGGUCUCUCGUCAACCGGUCUUCCUUCUCCUAGUUUUCCUUCCCCAGGGUAUUCCUCAGGACAGUCAUCACCUUUGAAACCGCUGCAUUUAGUACCCAGCAUGGAUGACAUGGAAGAGAUCAAAGCUAUGCGACGGGAAGAUGAGCGUCUCAAAUCCCACAUCCGCCGCCUGCGCCUCAUAUCCCGCAUCAUCGCGUUCUGCAUCUCCAUCGCCAUCUUCAUCCCCAUAACCCUUACCCUCCACAAAUUCAUCACCACAAAGGACGUAUACCGCGACGUUUCCCAUCCGGACGGCAGUACUGUCUCCCGCACCGCCUGGGCCAAAGACUCCAAAGUCUGGCCGACAUACAUGUACUUCGCCGUCGCGGCCUUCACCGUGCUCCUCCACUUCAUCAUCCUUCUCUCCUACAAAUUCGGCGUGGGCCAUGCGAAUAAAGCAGCGACGGUGGCGACUACUUUUAGUUGGGUUGUCAUGAUUGGGAAUUUGGUGGUUUGGAGCGUGGCUGCGGGAUUGUAUAGGAGGGAAAAGGAUUUGGGUGGGAAGAGCAAUGAUCUUUGGGGUUGGACGUGUAGUGCGGCUGCGGAAGCGAUUCAGAAGGAGUUUGUAGGCGAGGUCAAUUUCGAUAAGUUUUGUAAUGUGCAGUCCGUGUCCUGGUAUGCAGGCUUAGUUCAAGUCGGCGCCGCUUUUUUGACGAUAUUUAUCUACGUCUUGGUGUGGCGGCGACGGCAGACGAAGAAGAAGGUGAAGCGACAGACGAGAAUGCUGACGGGUUUUGAGCGGGUGAGACGGUGAAAAAUCAACUGUGGAGCCAUAGCUCUAUGAUUGGUGGAGUUCGUUAAAAUGGUUAUCUCCCUGUUCAGGAUUUUUGACAGGAUGUGUAGUGAAUGACUGACAUUCUUCUC